CAAAAUAAAACUGGGGCAUGUGCGUCUUGCCGGGCCCAGUUUGUUUAGUUAUAAAAUUUUGUCUCAUUGCUAGGAAAAGUAGUUAAGUAUAGAUAGUAUCUAUCUCAUAAAAUCAAGAGUUUUUCAAAAAUUAAAUAAAACAACUAUCGAAUACAUUAUUUGCAAAAUGAGAGACCCUUUAUCAGAUGAAGCUGCGUCUGCAGAUAAUGCAAUGCAAGAAUGUUCGGUGGUUGAGGCACUCGGCGGAAAGACACCAGCGGCUUUACACGGUCUUGACUACGAAAUAGAAGCUAUAUUACAAGUACCUGAAGUGGAAGAAUCUCCAUUUGGCCAAUAUGUAAAGGACUGUCCAGAAUGCAAAAGUGCUGUACGCUGUUACUUCAUAAACUUUAAUGAAAAAGUAGUCAUCUGUGAGAACACUACAUGCACAUGGCCUUUCGGUUAUGAAGAGCCUAAACGCAUGAAACAUGACGAAGCACUCACUGUUGAUGAAGAAGUUGAGAGUCUCAAGGUCAUGACAUAUGGCCCUAUACCCCCUUCUGGGUCAAUUAUAUCGACAAUGGCUUGGUCAGAAAUUGACAGAUCCAACAAAGGUCUGGACUCGGAGGAGCCUGGUAGCACUCCGAUACACCAGAGCGAUGCAGCCAGGGAUGCCAAGUUGCAAGAGGUCUUGAAACAAAAGGAGGCAGAUCUACAGACAAAGAAGAACCUUCAGGAUAUUAAGAAGUUGAAUGUUCAGCUCCAAAAAACCUAUGAAGAUGAAGACCAAAUAUCAUGUAUCCGCAACGAGAAGUGGAUCAAACAUCUCAACACCUUGCAAAGCAUGUCCGGAAUACAACUACUGCGGAAAGAAGAGAUGGCGUUACUUAAAGAAAACGAACCUCAGGGUCUAACUAUGGACGUAAAUGCAGAGAAUACUGCGAUAAUUAUCAAUUUAGCUCCGCCAACCUCGACAAAGCCAAUUUGUACAAUAGAACCAACUGCCUCAAAGGCCUCAACUGUUAUAAAAAAAUGUACUGCCUUAAAAGAACCAAGUGAUCAAAUGGAAUCAAAUACUAUAAAGGAACAAACUGCGACUGAAUUAAGUACAUCAAAGGAAACAAUUGCUACAGUUGAACCUGUCAGGACCGAAGACAAAGUUAUUCCCUAGUAAAUAUAAGGGUUUUUAAUUUAAUUUUUUUUAUCCUCUCGCUUUUACUCCCUGUAAUUUUGGACAGGGUGAAUUUGCCAAUGUUGGUGUUGACUUUCACACAUGAGGAGAAUGUUCGGUAUAGUAUAUUUUUGU